AUGAGCCUGCCGCCAUGUGUGUCUCUCAUAACCCACCCCCCUAUUCACUACUGUCGCCAUACUAACAUUACAUUCCCCAGGACCGUCUUCGCACUCAUCAUCAUCAACAAGGCCGGCGGUCUCAUUUACAACCGAACCUUCCACGAAGGGGGCCUAAACAAAAUCAGCACCAACGACUAUCUCGUCCUCGCUGGGACUUUCCAUGGUGUCCACGCCAUUACAGCCCGCCUCAGCCCCAUCCCCACCCCAGGAGCGAACCGCAACUCGGCCUCAUCAGCUGGCACCAUGACCCGGCCGGAACCACCAUCCGGAUUGGAAGUCCUAGAGUCAGAAAACUUUCGGCUGCAAUGCUUCACUACUCUGACAGGCAUCAAGUUCCUCCUCUUCACCGACACAACACAAACAAACGUCGACUUGACCAUGCGGCGGGUCUACGAGAUGUACACAGACUAUGUCAUGAAGAACCCAUUCUACCAGUUGGAAAUGCCGGUGCGCUGCGACAUGUUUGACAGGAAGUUGUUGUCGUAUAUUAGGGAGAUCAACAACAGGUAG